GUGUGUCAAACCUGCGCUUGCUAACCUGCGAUAACUUGCAAACUUCUGAUUGCAGUUUCUAGGCAACGUGGUUGAUCGAUUUAGCUAGAUUAACGAAUUCCGCGAGUCUCGCCGAAGAAAUGAUGCCAGCUCAGAUAUUUCGCUUGAUUCACACAAACAACUAUCUCUGGCAGGCCACCAAAAAGUCUCUGUUGUCAAAACUGCGCAAGAAGACAGGCUAUACUUUUGCAAACUGCAAGAAAGCCUUAGAGUUGCACGAAAAUGACGUAGACAAGGCUGAAGCAUGGCUGAAGGAACAGGCACAGCAGCAAGGUUGGGUUCAGGCGGCUAAACUGCAGGGCCGCAACACUACUCAGGGUCUGAUUGCGGUGACAGUGGACGGUUCUCAUGCUGCAGUAGCAGAGAUCAAUUGCGAAACCGACUUCGUGGCACGCAACAAGAAAUUUCACAAUCUCGCAGAAACCGUAGUCACCGCAAUAUUGAAUCACACAAAGUCUCAGGAGGUUCAGACCGAAGUACAACGGACUAUUUUCCACACAGACAGUCUCAAAAGUCUGGCAGCUCCGGAUGGCAAGUCGCUCGCUGAUCAUUCUGCCCUGACGAUUGGUAACUUGGGCGAGAAUAUCACGUUGAGACGCGCCCUAGCCAUCAGUGUGUCGUUGCCGAAUGUGACGUUGUUCGGCUGCACGCAUCCGGCACCCAUGAACCCCAUUCCGGUGUCUUUCGGCAAGUAUGGCGCUCUCGUUGCCAUCAAAUGCAAGCACAGCGAUCACAUGCUGGGCACGCAGCUUUGUCAGCACAUCAUCGGUAUGGAUCCACAAAAAAUUGGAAAUCCACGAGAGGAUGAGCCACACAAUAACAUAGACGAGGAGACCUGCAUGAUAUAUCAGGAAUUUUUGCUCGAUCCGAGUCUCUCUGUGCAGCAGUUGUUGGACGACGUGGAAGCGGAGAUUAUGAGUUUCGCGCGUUUCGAGGUCGGCGAGCAGCUUGAUGAGGAAUCGAUGGUGAAAAACGUGCAGACUUGCGCCUAAAAUAGAUUUUGGCAAUUUAUUUAUCUGUAAUUCUAAAUAUAUAUACAUAUAUAUAUAUAUAUAUAUAU